AUGAGUGAGCUUGUAAAUGCUGCAAGAACAUUGGGUGAAACAGGAAAUUUUGUAGAUGGUUUUAAAAGACUUGUUUCAAAUGUUUUGACAAACACAAAGAAAUUAUUUAGAUAUACCGUACAUAACGGACGGAUUUUCGAACAGAUAGCAACAAACCCUCCGGUUAUGGCUGCGUUGAUGAUGGUUAGAGAUAUAAAACCACGUAGCGGUGAGGGCGAAGAACAUGAACAACAGGAUACUGGUCGGGUUAUUAGAGACAUUAAAAACGUGUAUCCUGAAGUUAUUGAUUUAUUUAGAGGAGUUAAUGAUUCAAUUUCAAAACAUUCUAUAACCCUCGAUGAAGAGAAUAAAUUAACAGAUUAUAUAUUCGUCAUUAUUGCAGAAUUAAUGAAGAGAAUAAAUGAAAAAGGAAUUGGUGAUAUCAUUAAUGUCAGCGAUGUAAUGAUGAAAAGAAAUUUUGACUCAUUAUUUACAGAACCGAAAACAGAAUAUAGUCUUUAUGAUGUAAUUACCGAAUUAAUGAAAAAGAUUAAUGAUAAUAAGAGUUCUGGUGGAAGAGUUGAAUUAGAAAUGAAUGAUGUUAAUGAGAAAACAGCCGAAAAAGCAGAUAAAAAUGAACUUUUAGUUCUAAGUGAUAAAGUCAAGAACCAUGUUCAUUAUAUGACUUCAGAUGAACAGAUUAUAACGGACUACCAUGAAUAUUUAACACAAACCGAUGAAGAAGUGAAGACGGAAGACCCCAAUGAAAGAAGAUAUAAAUACAUUCGUGCUAAAGGUUAUAACAUAAGCUGUACUGUACAGUAUGACACGGGUAAAGCACAAGAAACAUUUAGUUAUAACGAUGAAAUAUAUGCUUCAUACUUCUCUGUUAAUGGUGUAUUAGUUGAACCAAAAUUUACAUUGAGAGUUAAGGCAAAAAUAACGUUUGAAGAUGCUAUUAAAAGUAAAGCUGACAAAGUUGAACUUGAAGCAAUGAACAAAGUUUUGAGAUCUCAUAAACACAACAUCUCCGAUAUAAAUGAACUUCAAGCUACAUUAGACAGUAAAGCUGACAAGAACCAUACACAUAAAUCCUUCACUACUGUUAGAGCAGACGACAUAAUAUUGAACUAUGAUUUGGGUUCAAGUGCACCUUUAGAGAAUCCGAGUACAAGCGUAAAAGAUACACUAAACAAUUUAGAUAACAGAUGUAUGAACAUUGAAGGUCAUGCCAGAAACUUUGAAGCAUAUGAACUACCAGCAAUGUUAGAUAAGAAAGCAGACAAAACAGAGCUUCAAACAUUAAAGACUGAAAUACUUCAAACAUUAUAUCCUGUUGGUUCUUUAUAUACGUCAAUGAACUCAACAAAUCCAGCAAGUGUUUUAGGUUUUGGUGCAUGGGAACAAAUAGUCGACAGGUUUUUGUAUUGUGCAAACUCUUCAAAGGAAACAGGUGGAAGUAAAACGAUUUCAGGUGAAAAUUUACCUGCACACAGUCACUACAUAGAUUUAAGUACAUCUCAAGCAGGUUGGCAUAAGCAUAGAUAUUGGGAUUGGUCAGGAAUGACAAAAGGUAAAGGAUAUGAUGUUAAAGACGACGUUAAGUUUGCUAUAAAUUGUUACUGGAGUGACACUCAGGGAGAAGGAAACCAUACACAUUUCGUUUCAGGAUAUACACAAACAACGGGACAAAGUAAAGAAUACAUGCCACCAUUAAUGACUGUAUUCGCAUG